AUGUUUGCCGUGAAGUGUGAGGCGGCUUUUCUGUGGCACCCAGCGGUGCACCACAGCCUGCUCUUGCUGCGUGCCUUGCGGCAGCGCCACACACUUCUUCUGGAGCCCGUCUGCACGACGACGACGGCGAUCCGUCCAGAGGACUUUUGGUGCCUUUCGCGCUUCCGCAGCUUUGUUGCCAUCGACGCAACGGGCACGAGCAGUGCGGCCUCCUUCAAUGACGCCGAAGUCGGGAGGAAGGAGUCGCCACUGCUGCAGUUUUCCGAGGGGGGACUGCGACGUGUGCACGACCCACAGCAUAUUUUCUACUUCUUCCCCGCCGCUUCCUCGGGACUAGAGCACCAGCGGCAACUCCAGGCAUACUUGGAUGCGGCCCUUGUCGCUGAUCACGUGCUGCACGCUGUGGACGACGUUCUUCAGGCACGGAACACGGCUGAAAUGGAGGUGACGCGUCAGACGCACAGCCGCUUGAUGGAUCUCCUCACCCGCCUGGAGACUUCUCUGGAGGGUGAUGACGAUGAACUGCCGCGCGAGACAGAGAACUGGAGCACGUGGCCGCUCUUCACGAUCUUGAAGUUUUUAGUGGAGGAGGCCGGGCUUUUGUUGGGUCCAUUUCCUCGCGUGGCAAAGGCAUACCGUCAGCUGCAGGACUCCAAAGCCGUCGUUGCACACACACGGCUUGUCAACCGCACGCUGCAAUUGACGCGGAACGACGAGGGCUUUUUUGUGCCGCCGUCGCCGUGGGCCUACCGGGGCUUUCUCCGCGACGUCCAGCGUCAACUGGCGGAUUACACAGCAGACCCCGCGGAGCGCAUGGUGGACGGUGUUUCGGGUGAGAAGGGGCCGUUGAAGGCGCGCGUGAGUGGCGCUCGCUUUGGAAUGCAGCUUGUCUCCGCACGCAUGCCAUGGACCAUGCAGCGGGAAUGGAUGCGGAGGCCCUAA